GCAGCCAUCCCACACAGCAGCUCUGGGGCUGCUUUUGAACCCCCAGAUAAUGUGGGGCUUCAGCCAUCAGGACAGGACUUCAUCCUGAAAUCCUCCUUCCCUUCAUUGCCCCAGGCCAUCUCAAGGCAGCAGCUCACCCCAUCGCAGAACCUCAGGUUUGAAGCCCCGUCUCCACUUGUAGGUAAUAAUUAACCUGGAAUUUUUUUUCCCCAACCUUUUCUUUUAAAUGCUCAGACGUAGCGAAAGUGAAACAGUGCUGAGUCUUUUCCAGAGAUCAAACAAGUGAAGGUGCUGGAGCUCUUGGGCAGGAGCAGACAGGUCUUUUUCCCCACUUUUAACAGCCUUUUUCAGAGGGUAAAGGAGGAUGGAGAGCAGCACCAUGCCCAGAGGGAGCCCCUCAGCCAGCACGUGUGUAAGGGAUGGUGCCCCAGUCAGCUGAGGUGGGUGAGCUGGCCUGGAGCUCUGUCCCGCAGAGCUGCUCACCCACCACUGCAUCUGCUCUGGAUUUCCUGCGGCACGGAGCUGCUCCCAGUUUCUGUGGAUCACACUUGUGCUAUCCCAGCUUGCUGCGGAGGGGAUCACUUCUGUCAGUACUGGGCAUCCCCUGCGGCUUGUGCAGAGUUUGUCUGACCCUGGAGAUACCCAUCCUUGGCAUGCUGGGAUGCUGUGCUCCGAGGCAAGAUGAGUGAUGUGAACCCUUCCUGCCUUGUGCUGCCUCCUGUGCUGUAACCAUGACAAUUCAGAGUGCAGAGAUAGUUGUGGCUUUGGUAGAAGGGGCUAGAGAAGAGCUCAGCCACCUGCUGGGAACCACUCACCCCUGGGCCACCUCUAGCAGCAGCAGCGGCUCAGGUUUUGAGCAGGGCAGAAGUAGCAACAAAACCCAAAGAUGCCAUAUUCACAUCAGAAAGUGGAAACAACCCAGUGAGAUUCAGGAAGAUUAUUAUUCCUGCAUGGCUGGAAAUCUAUUUAGAAGAAUGGAAAGUAAAACCACUUCUGGUUACCCACUGAAAUGUGAUUGCCAUCAACUUGUUUGGUAAACCUCCUGUUGAAGGACCAGAUAAAUAGAAAUAUGGAGUUAGACACAAGGAGUGUGACCUCAGAACCAGCCUCUCCACUGAACAGUCCAGGGGAGGAAAAGAUGGAGGUCGCUUCUGAACUGAGCAGCUCAGAUUCACAGAGCAGAGACAGUGGGUUCUUUGAAAGAGGUAUUAAAACAAUGUUAAGCAUCCGGAAAUCAAAGCGAAGUCUGAAGAAAGAGAAAGGGAAGGAAGAUUCUGGCACUUGGAAUGCAAAAAGACUUCUGCAAACACUCAGGAGCUAUGAGGAGAAAAAACCCACGAUCUGUAAUAGCGUGGAGAAGGUUGGUGAAAUAUGUGAGCCCAUUGAAGCAAAACCUCUUUCAGUAAUGGAAAUCAAUGAACUUAUUCAGAAAAGACAACUUUUGGAAGCAUUUGCAAGUAUCAAGCUAAUGGAAGAUGAGACUAUCUCUGAACGGGAUUCUGAGAAAUACAGUGAUAACCCCCAGGAGCUCGUACGGAAAUCCAAGGAUGUGGAUUUGCUCUAUAACUCCAUCACAAAUGCAAUCAAGUCCAUAGUGGAGGAAACACUGGAGGAUCCCACUUUACAGCAUACCAUGCUGACCUCCAUGGUGACUUUAAUUGCCCUUGAAGAAGCAGCUCAUUCCAGCACAGACAAUGCUGCUCGUCCUAGCUCAGAUUUACUGGGCAGGCCCAGAAAGUGGAGGGAGCAAUGGAGGGAAGCUGUCAAUGAGAGUGCAAGAAAAAGAGUCCUGAAGGCACCCAUGGCAUCAAGGGAAGAGGCAACUUCUUGGCUUGAUCUCCACUUACAUUUCCUCCAGGAACACCUGAGGGAAGAUUUACUGAAAAUCAAGUCAUCAGUAAAAAAAUGCUAUCCAGAGGAGUACCAGGUGUGUGACACAUAUGUGGAAGCUUUUCACAAUGCCAUUGCCUCACAUUUGCAAGAACUCUCCCAGGGACCGCUGGACUUCCACGAGCUCUACACCUUGCUUGACUGGGUGGCCAACACCUACCACAGUGAACUCUUUCUGGGUCAUCCUGAGCUCAAACCAGAGGUUAAGACAGAAAACCUGUCCUUGCUGUUAACACCAGCUGACUGGGAUAAACUGAAAAAUGACUACAUUGCUUCUGCAAAGGGGAAAAUCAAAAGUUAUUUUGGAAACAUCCUGAGACUAGAGGUCACGGAGAAGUGGGAGAAGGAAGUUCAGUUGGAAGAGAAGGAAAACCUCUACCACGCCUCACUCUCUUUUGAUAUUCAAACGAUCAUUGGGCAGCAUGUGAAGUUAGCUGGAGCUAUCAGCAGAAGCCUGGAAACAAAAAUGCUUGAGUUGUGCAUGGCAGAGCUGCUUGAAUUCAUACCAAGGUUUGAGCAGGAGUUCAUGGCGUGGAGCACUGCCCAGGACAGCCCCAUCUUUGUGCCCUACCUUGUUGCCUACAUCAACAGCUUCCAUGACCUGGUGUCAGGGUUAGAAACAACGUUUAAAGCCAAUACUGAGGAACUGCAGAAGAUUUUGGCAGCUCUGACAAGGAACUUCACAAAUAUUUUUUUAACAAAAUUUAGAACAAAAACACAGCCACUCCUUAAGAAAAUCCUGACCAAGAACUGGAUUUUGGCGACGGAAAGGCCGAACUCUCUGGUGUCGGCAGUCUCGCAGUUCUCCGAGCACCUGCAGCACAUGAGGAAGCCCCUGGGGCAGGAGCUUCUACAUGAAGUUCAUAAAUACGUGGUGAAGGAAUAUGUCACACAGAUCUUCAAACCCAGAUGGAAAAUGAACAGUGAGACACGUCAGCAAGUGAGCAGAAAGAUGAGCCAGGAAGCUGCAAUCAUUCACAAUACACUCAUUGAUCAGGGCUCCAAAGCUGACUGGCUCCUCCCUCUCAUAUAUCACAUUGCCGGUAUCAUUGGGGAGAAGAAAAAAGACAAGAUCAAGGCACAUGUCAAGGAGCUGUGCCAGGACUACCCAGACAUCAGGAAAGAGCACAUCCUGGCCAUCCUGGCACUCCGGGGGCUGGGGCGCGCCAGGAGAGCGGCGAUUUUUCAGCAAGUGUGCCAUGCACAGGAGAGCUCCAGUGGAGGGAAGGACGGCACGCUCUUUGCUGAAAUUGAUGUUCCAGUAAUCUGCAGCUGCUUCUAACACAGGACCAAAGUCAGCAUCCUGCCUCCUCCUACACUGCCUCUACACAUGAUCUAAAAUCUACUAAUCCACCUUGCUCCUCUGCAAACCCAAAUUUUUGACUGCUGUGGAGAAAGGAGUACUUUCCUGAACUUGCUACCCCACGUUCAGAACCCAAAGACAACAACGCACCAAGACACCAACCUCCUGUAAGAGCUGCUGGGCAGCAGCUCCAGCCCAGGCACAGUGUCCACCUCAUGCUCCAUAUGGAUUCUAUUGCUAGGAAACUCCUCCUCUGUUCAGUACAAGAUUAAAUAUAUUUUCAAAGAACAAUAGAAAACCAAAAGCAAUUCACUCAGAGCUAUAUUAAGGCCUCAGCCCUAUAUUAAGGCUUGGACUGUGCUCUGCAUAAUUAUACAGCAGCAGAGCAAGAGCCUCCCUCAUAAUUAGUGCCCAUGAGCAACCAAGGGGCAGAACUUGGGCAGGGAUGUGGUAGCACCCAAGUUUUAUUUCCUCCCCCACAAACCAACUGGCUGGGCUAGCAUGACACAAGGUCAUGACGCUGUGACCUGAGGCCAGAAACCACGACCUGCUUGGGGAGGAAAACACUGGGUAACCAAACCCCAAUGCCAGGACAUGCAGCACAUGGAAUGCUCUCCCCUCCAGGGUGGCCCCCACAGCCCCUCUGGCCUUUCAGCAGAUUUUCCUCAGUCAAGGGCUGCCUUGCAGAACUCCUGUUGGACUGAAGGUCUGUUCAUGCCAUCACAUCUCCAUGUGUACAGACAUGUCUUGAUCGGAUAUGCCAUGUGGAGAGCUCCAAGCUGCCACCAUGGCUCUAGUCCAUUUUCUUGUGUGUUUAAAUGCAUUUCAAGAAAUCUGUUACAGUCUGACUGCAGUACGAAACCAAAUGUGAGGUGGACAGACAGUGCUAUAGAUGAGAUCCUCCUCUGGUGUAAACCAGCAUCAUCUCAUUGAUGGGCAUGGAUCACCACAGGGUUAACUCCACAAAGGAUCCAAAGCAUUACAUCCAGCAUCUGCAGGGGAGGCUGAAAGAAGCAUUCAACAGCCUAAACCUGUAGAAAUCUGAUUUUAUUUAAUUCAAUUUAUCCUUUAGGUUGCCCUCCACAGGAUUUAAUCUAAGACUUUACAGAGAUGACCUACUGUGUUUAUGACCUACUAAAAUGAUAAAUGCAGACAUGGCAUAGCCUUGAACACUAUUUUUUCUGGCAGCAGAGCUUACUGCAUCAGCAGUGAAUCUCUUUUGUUUCCUUUGCUUUGGGUUGCACCAGCAUAAAUUUCAGCCUGGGUGAGCAGCAGGUGCUGGUGACAGGCCAAGGGAAAAGUUCUGAUGGAUAAUGAAGCACAGAGUGCACCUUUAAUUUAUAAUCAUAUGAAAAUUUUUCUAAGGUAGACUUGUUACCUCCACAGUCAAAAUAAGGUGUUUUUCUAAAGUUGGCUUUGAAAUAUGAGAUAUAAAUUGAGAGCAUGAAGCAGGAAAUCCUGGGCGGAAUUUCUACGCUGCAUCACUCUUUAAUACAUCUCACGACAAUUCCCACAAA